AUGGAUAGAAAAGUGAGUUUGUAUGCAGACACAUCUCUAGAUCGUCCCUCCACCCCAGCUCCGCCACGUCGGCCAUCCGCCUACAGCUCCGCCGCUUCGGCCCUCCGUCUACAGCUACGCCGUUCGUCCCUCCGCCUACAGCUCCGCCGCCUUGGCCCUACCCCCUGCUCACCCCGUUACUUUCUGAUUAGGAACUUGUAAUCAUGAGUGGAUUACAGACACAAGACUUCCCUUCUACAUUAAGAUUAACAAAAGCAACAAAAGAUGUUAAUUUUAUUGCAGAACCUGAAUCAAAGCCAAAGAAGAAAAUCUGUUGUGCUUGCCCUGACACUAAGAAACUCAGGGAUGAAUGUGUUGUUGAGCAUGGUGAAUCAGCUUGCUCAAAAUGGAUUGAAGCUCAUCGAUUGUGCCUUCGUUCUGAAGGCUUCAAUGUAUGAAUUCAAAUCACAGAUAUCAAAUAGAAGGAGAAUAUUUGGGUUUUAGUUUUCAUGAACUUAUGCAUCAAGCAAAUCCAGAAUAAAUGAUUUUUUAUU